GGAGAGCUGAGGGGAGGAACGUCAAAGGGAAUCAAAGGUUGAAGAAAUUGAUGCUUGAUGAAUGAUAAGACGUGGCUUAGCAAGAAGAGGAUCUUGAGUUAGAAGGAGUUGUCUUUGCAAGGUGGGGAGAGUAUGGAGGAAGGUGGACCAGCUGAAGGGAAGGAUGGAAGUCAGAAUGAAGACAAGGGCCCAGAGGGUGCAGAAGGGACAAUGGAGAGUGCACAAGCCAAAGCUUGCAGCGCUAAUGUGCAGAACAGCAUAGACACAAAAGGGCGGGAAGGCAGGGAAGGGUACCCCUUACACUGGCUUGUCUGGCACAAUGACUAUCGCAAUUUGGAAACUGAGUUAGCCUCAGGAAAGCAUGAUAAGGAAUUAAAAGACUUCAGAGGACGCACACCUCUCAUGCUUGCUGUGACUCUUGGCCACCUUGAGGCAACAAGAACACUCUUGAAGUACAACUGUAAUGGGAAUGUUGAGAAUGCAGAUGGAUGGACAGUUGUGCAAGAAGCAACAGCCACUGGUGAUCCUGAAAUCCUAAAGGUGGUGUUGGAGGGUCGAGAUGUGGAGCGCUAUUCCUCCCGAGUUGCUGGGAUACCUACGCUCUUGGAAAAGCUCAAAGAGGCUCCUGACUUCUACGUGGAAAUGAAGUGGGAAUUUACGAGCUGGGUGCCUUUGGUUUCACGCAUGUGCCCAAGUGACACCUACAAAGUAUACAAGAGUGGGUCCAGUGUGCGUAUAGACACAACACUCCUAGGAUUUGAUCAGACUAGCUGGCAGAGGGGGAACCGCAGCUAUAUUUUCAAUGGCCAAGUUGAUGGAGCAACCAUGAUGGAGGUGGAUCAUGAGACUUGCCAGGUUUAUAUCGAGAAUAUGCGUACUCUUACAACAGAGCAGGCCUUAGCAACCAUGCGACCUCACCCAGCAAUGGUCUCCCAUAGGCUGACCACUCCUAUUGCUACCACAUAUAUUGACACUGAUAAGAUAAGUUUUGAAAGAGAUAAAGCUGGGAUAUGGGGAUGGAGGAGUGACAGGACAGAGAAUGUUAAUGGCCACGAUUGUAAGGUAUUUUCUGCGACGAAUGUAGAACUUGUCACCAAGACCCGAACAGAGCACCUGACAGAUGCAGAGAAGGAGAAGUCACUACCUCGGAGUCCUCUACAAUCAUUCCUCAACAUUGCAGAGGUUGAAGAGAAACAGAAUUCACCAUCGUCUUCGGAAGGGAGUGAAUCCUACAACUUUAACAACCCAACUAAUAUCACUGCAGAGGAAUAUUUCAAUCCAAACGUUGACCUUCAAGGCAGGGAUAUUGGUCGUCCUAAAGAGGUUGUCAAGAAGGUACAAAACUUCAAGGCUCACUUGUGGCUAGCUGAGGAAUAUCCGCUGAAGCUCCAGGAACAGGUCAUGCCCAUUGUGGACCUCAUGGCUAUCACGUCAACUCACUUUGCUAAGCUGAAGCAUUUCAUCCAGAUGCAACUCCCCAGUGGCUUCCCUGUCAAGAUUGAAAUCCCACUCUUCCAUGUUCUGACAGCAAGAAUUACCUUCGGAAAUAUUUUUGGAGUUGAUGAAAGUGUUGAUAAAGUGUCUACAGUAAAGGAAGAAGAUAGGGUAACUUGUGUAAUAGAUGAGACUGUCUUCGAGCCACCACCAAGCUACACAAAAAUAGGUCACUCUGACCAGCAGCACCUGCAGAUGAGCAUGGACGAGGACGAUGCCUUGCUGCAAUAUGCUAUCCAGCAGUCCUUGGUAGAGGCUGGCACCGAGCAAGACCAGGUAGACAUCUGGGAGGCACUACAGGCCGAGCAUCGACCCGCUCCAAGAGUACCAGGGUGUAACUCCAGGUCAGGAUCAUCCCCAAAUACUCCCGCACACUUGUCACUACAAGCAGUAGAGGAUGCACAAUUGCAGAGGGCCAUUGAGGAAUCCUUAGCCUUGAGCAUAGGUGUGACAAACAUCAGAAGAUCCCAGGAGGAGAUAAGUAGCAGUGAAAAUGCAGAGGUAGCUGUUCCAGGGGGACUGGCCUUGACCCCUGGAGGUAGCAUUGUGGACUCAGAAAUGGCCAUGGCUCUGUCGCUAUCCCAACAGCAGCAGGAGGAGGAGGAGGCUCGUAAAAGGCAAGAGGAGGAAACACUAAAGCGCAUCCUGGAGCUCUCCCUCACAGAAAAAUAAUGCUGGGCAUGGUGUAGACCACACAGACUUCUUUAGAAAUUGGUGAUGGGCUCUGUUGCAGAUAAAUGACAAGAGAGAAUUAGCAGUGAUUCUUUUCAGAAUGAAUUGGUUUAAGUAAUUGUCAAAUAAAUUGCUGUCAAAUAGAUUUUUUUUAAUCAUUACCAGUUCACUGAAAAGGAUCAAGGUAGAAAUGUUUGGUGACAGCAAUAGGGAGAAACAGAGACCCAAGAUGGAGAUUUUGAUAUUUGAUUAUAGAAAAGAAAGCAAUUUGUAAGUUGUUUUAGCCAUGGUGAAAGAUCCAUGAUGACUUAUAGUGCCUCUUCAUAGCAUCUUUGUAUAUCAGGAUUAUUUCUUUAAAAUGACCCUGAAAUCAUGUAGUGAAGUUUUUGCACAUGCAUUUAUGCUUUAUUUAAAGCACAAUAUAUUAGUAAAGAAUGUAGCUCACAUCUUCAUACUGCAUUUGAGCUGAUUGCUUAAAGUUAAUAGUUACUGGAUUUUUUCAAUUUCAUAGGCAUUUUAUAAUGUGAUACAACUUGGAUGCUUUAAGCAUAGCAGUUAAUAUAUCUAAAUUUGUUUGUCUUGUACAUUUUUCUGAUUCUUUGAAGAUUGGACUUAUUUUUAUUUUUAUUUUCUGUAAAUGUGCAGCUUGAGCCUUGUAUGUAUUGUAAGUGACAGUUCUGAUAUCUAAUAUGAUGAGGAAACUAUAUCCUGUUAGUAAUGUGGGACUACAGUCUUCUGAACUUUCUUGCCUGGUUGCUUGUUAUGCCAACUUGGUAGUGCAUUCAGAGUUUGAAUGUAAGUGUCUUGACCACUUUUCUACCUGUUUCAAUGAUCUUGGUAUGUGUUAGGUUAGUACAAAUAUCAAAAUAGAGUAAUGGUUCAGCUCAGAAAAUCAGAUAUGAGGUAACUGCAAGUCUGGAAGAGCAUUGGAGAAUGUAUAGCACACUUAUGACAGCUCAUGUGUUCUGCAGAUUGUUGUAUGGUGUACAAAAAUGUUAUUGGAAGGUCAGCAACUCUUAGACU